AUGAACUCGAGGACAAAGGCGGACAUUGAAAGCUUGAGAGGUGUCAAGACAAAAAGUUCCCAUCACAAGAUCGCCUCUAAGCAGAAACGGACCAGAAACGCUCUGGAAAGAUGGUUACUUAAGCCCACCUCAAAUCCAAACACUUCUGAAAUGAUGCUUACAGAUGGACCUCAAAACCCCACAAGUCACUCUUAUGAUGGCCAUAAUGCUGUUUCAGACUCCGACGAUGACACGCAACCUAUAAUAUCACAAGGCAUGGACUGCGACGGCCUUGACCCUGCCCUGUCGAUUCAUUCCGAAAAUCAACACGUGCUUCAUGAUGGCAGUUCAGAGAAACCUGAAGUAGCAUCAAGUUCCACUAGUGCAGGGUGCUUUAGCAGAGCCAAAAUAACAGACUUCUUUUCGGGGGCUUCAGCUGCAUACUCGAGACUACGCAAGCCUGAUAAGGGCUUUGAACUACGGGACACAGGUGAGGAAAAUGAUGCCAUCUGCCUCGGAACGCCGGUUAGCGAGCUGAGAAGGAUGCCCCAAUGCGGCAAAAAACUUCCUCCUCUCAAGGAUGUUCCUGGUGUUCACACUGUGAUGAUAAGGACCGAUCUCAUUAAGUAUGCAACUGUUCCAUAUCCUUCCACAUUUGAAGAUACCUGGGAUGACGUCCAUGUUAAAAUGCCAUGUUCCAGGAAGAAUCUAUUUCCUGUUCAAGAUGAGGAAUCACAAGAACUUCAAAACAAAAGUCGGUGGGAUUUGAUCAAGCAGACUUUGACGAAACGAAUAAGCAGCGCUGAUGAGUUGAAAAAAGCAAUAUUGAAGUAUUGUGCAUCUACUGCAAAGAAGUGGGACUUCACUGCACUACAUUUGUACUGCACUAAGGUCCUGGAGCCUGCCGCCGCUGAACAUCUGUUUGGCUCCCUGCUCCCAAAGCUGGUGCAAUUAGCACUUAAGGCACCAGAGCUGUGCACCAAGCCCAUACCGCUCCUCAAGAGGGGCACCAGCCACUCCAUCAGCAUGUCGCAGGAGCAGGUGGCCUGCUUGCUCGCCAAUGCCUUCUUUUGCACUUUCCCGCGGCGUAACUCUCGACGCAGCGAGUACGCCAACUACCCAGACAUCAACUUCUUUAGGCUGUUCGAAGGGUCCUCAUCCAGGAAGACUGAGAAGUUGAAAACGCUGAUGUGCUACUUUAAAAGCAUUAUUGAGCAAAAGCCUACAGGUGUGGUCACGUUCACACGAAAAAGCUUGGAAUAUCCUCCAGAUUGGGAAAGCUCGGAGACCCUGCUAACAAAGCUGCACAUUGCAUCUGAAGGAACCAUUGAAGAUGAAGGUUAUGGAAUGCUUCAGGUUGAUUUUGCCAAUCAGUUUGUGGGAGGAGGAGUCACCAGUUCAGGUCUUGUUCAAGAGGAGAUCCGUUUCCUCAUUAACCCUGAGCUUAUUGUGUCUCGCCUAUUUACUGAAGCUCUGGAUCAUGACGAAUGCCUGAUCAUCACGGGUACACAGCAGUACAGUAAAUACACUGGCUAUGCGCAGACGUACACAUUUUGCAGCAGCCAUCAGGACACAACUUUAAGAGAUGACUGGCAAAGACGAUGCACAGAGAUAGUUGCGAUUGAUGCUCUUCCGUUCAGGAACUACCUGGAGCAGUUUCGUCCAACAAGAAUAGAGCGGGAGCUCAAUAAGGCCUUCUGCGGCUUUGCCCGGCCGGGUGAACACAGCAACAACCUCUCCGCUGUGGCCACGGGAAACUGGGGCUGUGGGGUUUUCGGAGGUGACACUUGUCUUAAAGCACUGAUCCAGAUGCUGGCAGCUGCCGAGGCGGGACGCGACGUGGCUUAUUUCACCUUUGGAGACAGCCAGCUUGUGACAGAUGUCCACAGCAUGCACUCGUUCCUCACGCGGAGGUGCAUCACUGUCGGGGAGGUUUACGAUCUCAUGAUGCAGUACUACAGUGACGUGUGCAAGACCUGCAGUGGUCAGCACCCUGACGUCAGCCUGUACGCCUUCAUCUACAGACAGGUUGGCUCUUCCCCGCCUGCCCAGUGA